UAGCUCUUUCGAGUUGGUUUAUAGGCUAGGGUUUCAUCUUUUAAGACGAAUGAGAGGAGUGGCUCUAAGGUUUUAGCCGAAGCGGAGAAGAAGAAGAAGAAGAGCUCUAGUUCGACCUUAGCUUCGUCUGCAGCCAUGGGUAUCUCUCGUGAUUCUAUGCACAAAAGGCGUGCCACUGGAGGCAAGAAGAAGGCUUGGAGGAAGAAGAGAAAGUACGAGCUCGGUCGUCAGCCAGCUAACACUAAGCUUUCCAGCAACAAGACUGUAAGGCGUAUUCGUGUCCGAGGUGGAAAUGUCAAGUGGAGAGCUCUCAGAUUGGAUACUGGUAACUUCUCAUGGGGAAGUGAAGCUGUUACUCGCAAAACUCGUCUCCUCGAUGUGGUCUAUAAUGCUUCAAACAAUGAGCUUGUUAGAACUCAAACUUUGGUGAAAGGUGCUAUUAUCCAGGUUGAUGCAGCCCCAUUCAAGCAAUGGUAUCUUCAGCACUAUGGUGUAGACAUUGGUAGGAAGAAGAAGACGGCUGCUGCUGCCAAGAAGGAAACCCCCGAGGAGGGAGAAGCAGCACCACCUGCUGAGGAAACCAAGAAGAGUAACCAUGUUCAGAGGAAGAUUGAGAAGCGUCAACAAGCUCGUACACUCGACUCACAUAUUGAAGAGCAGUUCAGUAGUGGGAGGUUGUACGCUGCCAUCUCUUCUCGCCCUGGACAAUGUGGCAGAGCUGAUGGAUACAUCUUGGAAGGAAAGGAACUCGAGUUCUACGUGAAGAAGCUUCAGAGGAAGAAGGGGAAGGCUGCUGGUGCUGCUGCUUAAAGAGUGUGAUACUUUCCUUUUUUCCCCUUAUCCUUAUAUGAGUUAAUUUGUUUUAGUUGGCAACAGUUGGUACUACUGCUAGGACAUGUUAUGAGCCACUGAUAGAAAGAACUUUGAAAAGAUUUUGUUUGGCAUUAUCAGAUUAGAAUCUUUGGCUAGUCUGUGAACCAGAAGUAAUUUUUGCUCUAAAUAGUACUACUUGUUUGGUUU